AUGCUCUCGGCCGCAGUACCCCCCAACCCGCCUGGAGGGCUGUUGCAUCCCCGGCGGGGAAGGGAUCCGGUUUGCCCCCGGGGUUCUUCAUUGCGGCAUACAGGCUACAGCCCUCCAACACGUCCCCUUGCUGCUUCUCAGGACAGCACACGCACGCACGCCAUCCCGCGCUUUGUGCUGUACAUAGAGCCUCUCCCCUUCUGGUCCCCGGGCAGCCUCACCUCCGGUUGCCGACACGACUGCUCGCUGGGGAUGCUCACGAAGAAGUUCCUCACACUGAUUGAUAACGCCACGGACGGCGUCCUGGACCUGAACAAAGCUGCGGAGACUCUCAAGGUUCAGAAGCGGCGUAUCUACGACAUCACAAACGUGCUGGAGGGUGUGGGGCUCAUCGAAAAGAAGUCCAAGAACAACAUCCGGUGGAAGGGCGCCUCCACGGCGGCGGACCGGGAGACGGAGCCGGAGACCGCCAAACUGCGACAAGACAUGAAGUCCCUGGAGGAUCAGGAGCGCUCCCUGGACGACCAUAUCCGCAUCAUGACGGGCGCCAUUCAGGCUCUGUCAGACAACCCCCUCAACAAGCCGCGACUGUACGUGACAGACGAAGACGUGACCAGUCUGCCUUGCUUUGCAAAUGACACCAUAUUCGCGGUGAAGGCCCCGCCGGGCACCACACUGGAGGUUCCGGACCCGCGCGAGGCGGCCGACCCACGGGACGGUCAGAUGCGGUACAGGAUUGUGCUUCGGAGCACCCGGGGCCCCAUAGACGUCUACCUGGUGCAGCACACCAACAACGGCGGUACCACCAGCCAGCAGGGGGCCGCAGCGCCCUCGGCCACGUCGGCGGAGCCCGCGGGGAGUACCGUGGGGCCCGCGGAAAGAGGGGGGGGAGGGGGUGGGGGGUCUGCGAGCGGCGCUGUGGGACCCGGGAAUGGCGGGGGAGCUGCGUCGGGUGGCGGUGCCGGGGCCGCGGCGGCGGCAGCGGCGGAUGCAGGAGGCAGCGGCGGAUGUGGCGGCGGCAUUUCCGCUCCGCCCACGGCUGUGAAGCCGGAACUGGUGCCGUCUGGCCGGAGUGCCGGUCCUGGGCUGGUUUGUGCAGGUCUGGCCUCUCCCUCGUUCCCCUUCGCCCUGCCGGGCACCAGUCCCCUGUCGGCAGCCGCCGGGGCUAACGGCCCCUCGUCCUUCUUCAACAGUGUGCUGAACUCCCCCACGGGGGCGGUCGCUGUGGAUCCGCUCCACAUGGGGCCCCUGACCUCCCCUGGACUGGCGGGGAGAGUGUCGGGGACAGCGGGGGGAGUGGGGGAGAUGGAUCCCGCCACCUGGUACGACGGACCCCACGAGCCGCCUCUCAUAUCGACAUUCUAUCAGGGGGAGGACGAUGACAACUUCUUCACGGCACCGCUAUGA